AUGUCGGCAAGUGCAGGGACCCCAACGAGUGCGCCAAAAGCCAUGUCUUCGAGGCUUUUGACCAUGAAAUUUAUGCAGCGUGCUGCUGCUGCAUCUCCUACAAAUGCAUCGCCUUCUUCAUUGGAUGAGCCAUCGCCAAAACGACAAAAGACGGCACAAAAUACUCCUACAAAGUUCAAUGUCGACUCUUUGGCCGACAACCGCGCGAUUCAAGCAGCAAUAGAGGAAGAGGAAGCCAAGAAGCAAGCUGCAUUAGAUCGAGCAGCCGCAGAAGCAGGAGAUACACGAUGGGUUCUGAGUUUCGAGGGAAGGAAAAACCUUAAUACUCCUAAGAAUAUAUUGCGAGUUGUGCAAACUAGCUUCGCAAAAUUAGAUCUUCCUUCUCCGACGAAGGUGCAGCAUACUGAUGAUGGCGAUAACAUUUUUGGAGAUGAUAAACCAUUCAUGGUUGGAAGAAGAAGCUUUGGAAAGUUCAAUAAAGUUUUAGAGAAUCCAGAUAUAGAAUUUUCAUCACCAUCAGAGGAGGAGGAAAGUGAUCACGAAGAAUCCGCUGAUGAAGAUAGUGAGGAUGACCCAACAGGCGCAAAAGAGUUGAUAAAGGCUUCAAAACAGGAAGCAAUAAAACGGGCUAAAGAAGAACGAAAAGCCAAGAAGAAGGCAGAAAAGGCGGAACUGUUGGAGCUAUCUAAAAAGAGAAAGAAGAAGCAUGUCUCAUUAAACGGUUUGACAUCAUUAUCUGGCUCCGGAGGGAGCGCAUUUGGCUCGGGAGGUGCGAAUAAAUCAGACAUAAAAUGCUAUACGUGUGGAGGAAACCAUAUCGCAAGGGAUUGUCCAAGGCCGAAGAGGAAACAUCAAGGAGAUGGUGGGCCACCGAGGAAAUCUCAAAGGACGAAAUGA